CUAACUCCCCGCGCCCUGUCCUGUGGUCAGGUCGGCUGUGGGAAGGCAGUGCUUGCUCGUGUAUUUUCCCCCGCGUCUGUGGCUUGUUACAAGUUCUGACUCCCAGGGACCCAUCUUGCCUGUCCGGGGUCCAAGAUGGACAAAGUCUGUGCGGUCUUUGGAGGCUCCCGGGGGAUCGGCAGGGCUGUAGCCCAGCUAAUGGCACAGAAGGGCUACCGUCUGGCGAUCGUCGCCAGAAACCUGGAAGUGGCCAAAGCCGCCGCCGGCGAGCUCGGCGGAAACCACUUGGCAUUUAGCUGUGACGUUGCUAAAGAGCAGGAUGUUCAAAAUACAUUUGAGGAGAUGGAGAAACAUUUAGGUCCAGUACAUUUCUUGGUAAACGCAGCUGGUAUUAACAGAGAUGGGCUUUUAGUAAGAACAAAAACCGAAGAUAUGAUAUCUCAGCUUCACACUAACCUCUUGGGCUCCAUGCUGACAUGCAAAGCUGCCAUGAAGACGAUGAUUCAGCGGGGCGGCUCCAUCGUGAAUGUAGGGAGUAUUAUUGGUUUAAAAGGCAACGUGGGCCAGUCUGUGUACAGCGCCAGCAAAGGAGGGCUCGUUGGGUUUUCACGCUCGCUUGCUAAAGAGGUUGCGCGGAAGAAAAUCAGAGUAAAUGUGGUUGCACCAGGAUUUAUUCACACGGAUAUGACAAAACACUUGAAAGAAGAGCACUUAAAGAAAAGCAUCCCUCUUGGGAGGUUUGGAGACGCUCUGGAGGUGGCGCAUGCGGUGGUGUUUCUCUUGGAGUCACCGUACGUCACGGGACAUGUUCUGGUUGUGGAUGGAGGCUUACAACUCACUGUCUAACUAGACGUGAUUCUGUUGUGAUUCUUGGGGAUUAGGGUCAAGUGCAUAGUUUUCUGUUAAUUAGGCCAUCAUAUCUAUGAGUGACAUUUGAUGCUAAAAUGAUUAUUUGUAUGAACGCAUUUCAAAAGAACAAUGUGUGAUCAAUUGUAAUCUAAAAGGUAUGAAUUCUCAAUCUUUAGAGACCAUAGCAAUUUUAGUACAUAGAUAUUUUGUAAGGUAUAUACAUCUGUAUUAACUUAUGUAUCUUUGCCUUGAAAAUAGAAAAUUCUGUUGUCUAAUUGUGACAGUUUAAUUGUAUCAAGCUGGAUUUUUAAGACACCAACUUUGUGCUAUUGCAAAAAUAAGAGUAUUUACUGAAGGUUGAGAUCAGUUGUUUUAUUAGUUACUUUUUAAAGUCGUCAUGGUAAAACACCAUGACCAAAAGCAACUUAGAGGAGAAAAGGGUCUCUUGAUGCUUACGGUUCCAGAGAGACGGGAUCCCUCAUGGCUGGGAAGUCAGGACAACAGUCAGGGAAGGCAUGGUGAUGGGAAUGGGAAGCUAGCUGGUCACAUUUCAUCCAUACACAGGAAGCACGGGAGGGAACAGGAAGUGGAGCCCGGCUGUGAAAUCUCAAAGCCCAUCUCCAGUGACAUACUUCUUUUGGCAAGACUUCACUUCCUAAAGGUUCCAUAACUUUUCCGAACGGUUCCACUGACUUGGGACCAAGGUCCAGGCAUGAAUCUGUAAGGAAAUUGCACAUUAAAGCACAGCGCUUUAGCAGCCUC